AUGGGUCAUGGAGGUUCCCAAAAGAGAAGGCAUAAAUCUAUUGCAAAUGUAGAUAUCAUCAGCAAUCUACCAGAUGUUAUCAAAGACAAAAUUCUUUGCGGUUUGCCAAUAAAAGAAGCUGUGGGAACAUGCCUCUUGUCAAGGAAGUGGAGGUCCACAUGGGCUUCUAUGACUGAAUUGAUGUUCAGAGAAGAUGAUUUUGCUUUAGGUAAUGGAAUGAAGAUGUUCGGUUUCAUCAAUAUGUUUCUCUCCCUCCACAAUGGCCCGAUUCUGAAGUUCGAACUGAAUGCACGACGGGUUCAUGUGCUAUCCCCUGGAGGACACAUCCAACGGCGGAUGCUUAUGCUGUUAAGAAAUGCAGUUAAGGAAGUUCAAGGUAAGACAAGGACAUGGAAAAUCCCUUCUAGUUUUUUCUGUGAUGAAUUGGAAUAUGCUUACCUGCAAGGUUGUGUUUUUCAAUUGCCACCACGUUUUAAAGGCUUUAAGCGAUUGCAUACCCUUCAUUUAGAUGAAUUAUGUGCAUCAGGAAGCAGUAUAGGGACAUUAAUAGCAAGUUGCCCGAAUUUAGAGAAUCUGACUCUCUCCAGGUUGUUCAGCUUUGCCGGUAUCAGUAUCCACUCAACAAAGCUCAAGACACUAACAGUUGAUGGUAUGUUUAACCACCUCAACCUGCAUGCUCCGCAUGUCGCUUCGGCACUCAUCAAGCUGCGAGUUGACACCGGCUAUGUUCCGAGGGCUGGAUGCAACAUUAACCUUUCUCAGUUCAUUUGUUGUCUUUUAGAUAUUGAAAAUAUUUCAUUGCUCAGGCAUGUUUUUGAGUGUGCAACACAUGAAAUCUUGCCUAGCAAACUGCCAAAACAAUUCAAUCGGCUGACGGAGAUAACCCUGGAGAUUGACCUUGAUAAUCUCAAGGAGGCACAAGCUGCUCACUGUUUAUUUCAGAAAUCCCCCAACUUGCGACGCAUUGAGCUACAGCUUAUUUUCAGGGGUUACACUGGACCCACGUCGCAUUUCUAGGACUCGAUUGAUCGCCAAGUCUGUCUCUUCAAGAACCUUGAUGUAAUUAGUACGAUCAACUUUGUUGGCUCCUCCGCGAAGCUAGGAUUCUUGAAACUUUUACUUGAAGAUGCACCCAUACUUAGAGAAUCGAACAUAAAAGGAAAUGGCAAACUGGACGAAGAAUCCCUCAAGCAUCUCCUCAAGACGAGAAGAGCAUCCAGGAUGCAGAAAUGA